AUGAGUUAAUUGGUUUCAUGUGGUAAAAGUAUUCUCAUACAUGAUUAAUCAAUGGACCCUAUUUUAAGAAUCAGUCCACAUAAAUCUAGUAUUAAUUGUUGCAUUUGGAAUCACAAUAAUUGUGUAAUUGCAAGUUGCGGCAAUGAUGGAGUUAUCGUUUUGAGUCGAUCUACUGAUGGUUAAUCACUUCUGCCUUUGGAGCAUAAUGGAAAAGCAAUUAAUGCGAUUUCAUUCACAUCAAAUAGUCAAUAUUUAGCAAGUGGAGGUCAUGAUUCAAUUGUGCGGGUAUGGGAUUUGAAAAAGAAAACUAUUCAAAGUCAUCUCAAAGGACAUUAUUCAUAGAUUAAUUCUUUACAUUGGAAUUCUGCAAACACCCUAAUUGCAAGUGCUUCUAACGUAGGCGAUAUUCUUGUCCAUGAUGUAAGUACAUAGAUAGCAGUAUCCACUUUCAAUUUAAAAGGAUCAAAAACCCCUGGAUUUAAGGCAGUUAAGUUUAUGAGCAAAAAUCUCUUGUGUUCAGGCAGUAAUGAUGGGUCUGUGACAAUCUUUGAUCUAAAUAAAAAUGAAUAUCAUUGCAAUUUCUCAUCCUAACAUACAAGUAAAGUGACAGGACUAAGUGUUACUUAAUCGUUAGUCUGCAGUGUUGGAACCGAUUAAAAAUGUCAUCUUUAUAGUAUUGUUGAUAAAAAGGUAACUCAUACAAUUGCGUGUGAAAAUCCAUUGAAUUCAGUGGCAAUGCAAAAUGACGAUUAUUCUGUUACCGUGGGCACUCUCUAUGGAUAGAUCUAUGUGUACGAUAUAAGAAUGACCUAAAAGCCUAAAUUGCAGUUUAGAGGACACGACAACUCUAGUGUAAACUAUAUGGAAUAUUAAAACAUUGAAGCGUAAUCUCAACAACCUCCAGCAUCAUAAAGACUGUUAAAUGAAAGCAACUUGAGUGUGCAAUCGUAACUAAAGAUCAAUUAAGCUAAAUCCCCAACUAUUUAGGAUAUUAAGAAGGAUAGUAGUAAGGAUUUGAAUGCUUUGAGUAAUAAGGAGUCAAUGAUUAAGAUUGAGUAACAAAAGCAAAUGCAAUAUGAUCAAUUCCAAUCUCGUGUGUAAUCAAGUUAGUAAUCUAAAUUUGACUAAAGUACUAGCAAAAUCGAGGACAUCUCUAGAAAAUACGAGGUGAGCAGAGUUAUUGGAGGAUAAAACGACUUCACUGAUGAGUAGAAGAAAUUCAUUCAGCAACAGAUCAAUGAAUAAUCAUAUCAAUUAAAAAAGAUUGUUUAAGAUAGUGUUAGUUCGAUGCAUAUUGACAUGAUUAGACAGUUCUAGAUUUAACAGAAUGAAAUGCAACAACUCUUGGAUCAAGAAUCUCAUAAUUAGAACAAGAGAAUCAAUAGUUAAAAAGAUAAUCGUAUUGAAAUACAUUAAUAAUUUAUGUUAUAAGUUUAUCUUGUUAGAUGUGAUUGUUUUAAAAUACAGCAACUCAUUCCAAAUAGAUUCUUUUGUAUUCUAUUUUAUGCCAUAUGCAUUAUUGAUUUAAUCUUACUUCUAUUUUCGUGUUCCUUUUUUAUUCUACCUUACCAAUAAGAGGACUUCCAAUAGCAAUUUAUAAUUGAAAAAGAAACUAUAGAUUGGUCUCUGAACUUGAAUUAAAAGCAAUUUGGACAAUACUCAAUACUCGGAGAACUCAAUGAUUAAAAAUUCAGAUUCAUCUAAAAUCACUACGAUCCUUAUUUUGAAACCAACAAUACAACAUACUACUAGAAAAUAAAUUUUCAUGAAUUUUUUGGGUUCGUUGAUCAGAAGUUGGCUAACAUGAUGUUGCCACAAACAUAUUGUUUAUAACUCUAUAUAUCAAAACUAAAAACAUAAAAAAUUAUAAAAAAAUUGCCAUAAUGCAAUAUGUCAAGUGGCAUACCUGUAACUCCUUGGUAUUGGAAGGGGGAAAAAUUAUAUAUUUUGACUGAUAUUUGUUUAAAGUUAUCAAUGAAGAAGGAUAAAUUAUAUUUUUUAAGGAGGGUGCUUUUAAGAAUGGUUUUAUUUAUAAAGAACUAAUAGAUGAUGAAGCUACAAGUUUUGAAAACCUAUCAUUGUAACUAAGACAUGUUGAUGACCCAUAUAUUCAUGGAAUUACAAUUUCUGGAGAAACUGGUAGAACCAUUUAAACACUUGCUUUAGUUAUCUUUAAUAUAUUAUUCCUUCUUAUUUGGUAUUUCUGGUACCAUAUAUAUGAUAUUAAUUUACUUUAUUUUGUCAAUAAGAAAAAGGAAUGAAAUUUAAUAUGUAUGA